UUCAAGGAGAGACCGGAAAACUGGGGACCCUAUCGUUCGCUCGCUCGCAGUGCCGUUUUUUUUUUUGUUUUCGGUUGAUAGUGAACCCACCCCACACUGGCUGCAUUCCUUUUUGCAGGUGCUGUGUAUCGUUAAACAAUAUAAAUAUAAUUAAACGUGACACUCACUCAGUAUACUCGUCAUUGCGUUUGUGUCGAUCGGAUCGCAGUGUGUGCGGCCCUUAAACGGAGAACGAAAAGUAAAGCUCUCGGUAUGAUUUCGCUCAGCUGUAUCGGUGCGUGGAUUGUGCUACUUACGGUCGGAUGUUCCGUAACGCAGGCCGAUGACUCGAAGAUCGUCGGUGGCACGACCGCUAACGAGCGCAUCCCGUACCAGAUCUCGCUCCAGGUGCUGGUAAGCUCGUUCUUUGGCUUUGGGCCGAAGCGCUGGAUGCACAACUGCGGCGGCUCGAUCGUGAACGAGUACUACGUGGUAACGGCCGCCCACUGUCUGGACGGGAUGGACAUUAACCGGAUGUCGAUCGUGGCCGGUACGAACGAUCUGCGGAACGACAGUUCGAAGGGUACGCGCUACUUCCUCGAGUCGUACAUGAUCCACCCGGACUACAUCGAGCUGAACCGGAGCGACAUCGGCGUGAUGCGCGUGAAGGAGGCGUUCACGUUCAACGAGAACGUGCAACCGAUCCGCUACUCGUCCGACUUUGUCGGGGGUGGUGUGACGUGCCUGCUGACCGGCUGGGGCUACACCAUGCCGAUCCGUAUCGGAUCGACGCCCAAGGACCUGCAGGAGGCGGAACUGACGACGAUCACGAACGACCAGUGCCGGGAGCGCGGCAUGCCCGUUAACCCGACCGAGAUCUGUACCUUUACCCGCGUCGGACAGGGUGCCUGUGGGGGUGAUUCCGGUGGUCCGCUGGUGUGCAACAAUCAGCUGUCCGGCGUCGUUUCGUACGGUACGCGGUACUGUGGUAUCGGUGUGCCGGAUGUCUACACACGCGUGUCGGAGUUUGACUCGUGGAUUCAGGAAAAUACGCAAACCAGCGGUUCUGCCAGCGAUACGCCACCGGCUGGAGAGUCGCAACCUGCCUGAAGUGUGGCUCACAGAUUUCCAACC